AUGCUUCGUUCUCCACGUGUUCUAUUCUUUCAUGGUCUUGAAUCUGGUAUCCAUGGUCGAAAAGCACUUUAUCUGGCUGAACAUUUUCCUAACUCUUAUACUCCAAAUCUCAAACCUUACUACUUACUUCCAGUGUCUCUUUGGAAAGCCAUCAAAGCCAUCUAUAAUUUUAAACCUGAUAUUAUUGUUGGAAGCAGUUUCGGUGGAUUUAUCGCUAUGCUUUUACUUCAAGCACGAGUGUGGAAUGGACACACAAUUUUAUUGGCACCCGCAACUGGUCUUCUGUUUAAGAAGAGACUCUGGUUACCCAAUGAUCAUAAGAAAAACAUUAUUAUUGUAGCUGGAAAAAAUGAUACAACUGUACCUUUAGACGUAUUAACACCGUUACAACAAUUGUCACUAGAUAACGUACGGUUUUUGGUGGUCGAAGACGAUCAUCGACUAAAUCAGUCAAUGAUCGAACAGAAUCAGCUAAGAGAUUUAAUCAAUAACAAUUAUCAGUCGACUGUAGCUACUAAUACGAUCAAUAAUUAUUUCCAUUGCGUAAAAUUAUGGCUCAUGUGUAUGCUUUCUUUAACCAUGUCAUUUAUUCGAGAACCAUUCACUCUUUAUAACACAAUUCAACGGCUUCGCAAGCAGAAAAAAGCAAUCAUCGAAACAGACGAACGUUAA